AGCAGAUAAACUUUAUUAUCAAGAGGCAUCAGAACAACUUUUUUUUAGUGUUUAUCUUUUGUAUGAGCGCCUAAACUGAAGAAAACCAGGAAAUAACGAGAGACUGACAAAUGAAGAGGAUGGCUCCGUCUGUGUUGCAGGCGUACAGGAGGCGCUGGUGGAUGGCUGUCACAGCCGUGCUGGAGAAUCUGUCAUGUUCUGCCGUGCUGUUGGGAUGGGGUUCUCUGCUCAUUAUGCUCAAGGGACAGGGCUUUUACUCCCACCUGUGCACAGAAAAUACGACUGAGAGUGUGAACGCUAGCGCACUAGAUGAUUGGCUGAGUUGUGUGGAACAGGAAGAAAUGCUAAAUUUGGGCUUCACCAUUGGCUCAUUCCUGCUUAGUGCUGCUACAUUGCCGUUGGGUAUACUGAUGGACCGGUUUGGCCCCAGGCCUCUUCGCCUUACUGGAAGUGCGUGUUUUGCACUCUCUUGUGUGAUUAUGUCCAUAUCAUCAUAUCAACCAAAAGUCCUCUCUGCAUUAAUUUUUCUGGCACUUUCACUCAACGGCUUCGGAGGGAUCUGUCUGACCUUCACAUCUCUCACGCUGCCAAACAUGUUUGGGAGUCUGAGCUCCACUGUUAUGUCUCUGAUGAUCGGCUCCUACGCUUCUUCGGCCGUCACCUUCCCUGGAGUCAAGCUGAUAUAUGAUGCCGGGGUGUCGUUUUCUGUUAUCAUGUGGAUGUGGGCCGGCCUGGCAUCUCUGGUCUUUCUCAACUGUUUCCUGAACUGGCCACUAGAAGGGUUUCCUACACAAGAAGAGAUUGAGAUUAGGAAAAAAGACAACUUAUCGUCUGAGGAGGCGCCGGGAGAAACAGAGAAACUGUCGUCUGUAGCUCAGGACACACAAGCUUCGGUGCCGUUCCGGCGCUCCGUGUUCUCUCCCAUCUUCUUGUGGAGUCUGAUCACUAUGGGAAUGACUCAGCUGAGAGUCAUCUUCUUUAUGGGAGCCAUGAACAAGAUGCUGGAGUUCCUGGUGACCCACGGAGAGGAGCACUCCUCUACAGAACUGAUGCAUGAGGCUGAGGAGAAAGUGAGCUUCUACUCGUCCAUCUUCGGCACGCUGCAGCUCUUGUGUCUGGUCACCUGUCCUCUGAUCGGAUACAUCAUGGACUGGAGGAUGAAAGAGUGCGAGGUGGAUCCGAAGACGGCGGCGCGCCGGGGAGAAAAAGAAGCGGUUUCAGGACCGAAGCGUGACAGAAAGAUCCAGAAGCUGACCAACGCCAUGAGAGCCUUCAUCUUCACUAACGUGCUGCUCAUUGUGUUUGGUGUCCUCUCACUCGUAGACAGCCUUCCUCUACAGAUCCUGACGUUUAUUCUGCACACGAUGGUUCGAGGUUUCAUUCACUCGUGUUGUGGAGGACUGUAUGCUGCCGUGUACCCGUCUAAUCACUUCGGCACGCUGACCGGUCUGCAGUCUCUGAUCAGCGCAGUGCUGGCUCUGCUGCAGCAGCCGCUCUUCAUGAUCAUGCUCGGACCUCUGAACGGAGAUGCUUACUGGAUCAACGUGGGGCUUCUGGUCCUCUCAUUGGCCGGUUUCCUGUUGCCGGGGUAUUUGUUCUACCUCCGCAGACAGCUUCUUCAGAUGAAGGCCGGAGGAGAAGCGAACGGACACACUCCUGUAGAGAACCAGGCUCUGAACCAGCCGCUCCACAACGGUCACAUCCCUCAGGACGCCUAACUCAAUUACAGAGCAUCAUGGGACUGUCAUGGGACUCUUCACAUUUCAGCAUGCUACAGCACCCCUUCGGCCGUCCCUCACAUUUAAACACAGCUCUCUCGUUCACGUUGUGCGAGAGACGUUAGGCUGAUGCCUGUGAAAGCAGCAUCACUUCAGCUUGGUCUUUAUCCGCGAUCAGCUGACUCAAAACUUGAGGAUUCAUA